AUGAACAAGCAGCCCGGAACCCAGAUCAAAUUGACGAAUGUCAGUAUCGUCCGCAUCAAGAAAGGAGGCAAGCGCUUCGAGAUCGCUUGCUAUCAGAACAAAGUCUCGGAAUUUAGGUCUGGAGUAGAGACCGACUUGUCUGAGAUCUUACAGAUCGAGCAAGUGUUUGCCAAUGUCCCCAAAGGGCAGGCUGCCAAAAAAGAGGACUGGCAAAAGGCUUUCGGAACGGAAGACAUGAACAAGGUCAUUGAGGAGAUCCUCCGGAAAGGCGAACUUCAGAUCAACAACCUCGAAAGAACCCAACACCUGUCCUCCCUUUCGCGAGAGAUUGCGACCAUCGUGACGGAGAUGACUGUCGACCCCAACACUUCCCGGAAGCAUACCGUUGGAAUGGUGGAAAAGGCAAUGGCGGAAGUCGGGUUCAACGUCAAGGCCGACAAGCCCGCCAAGGCGCAGGCUCUCGACCUGAUAAAAAAGCUCAGUGAAGGGGAGGUUCUUCCAGUGAGGCGAGUAAGGAUGAGAAUCAGGAUUACGAUGCCUGGAAAGGACGCCAAGAGGGUCAAGGAGAAGGUGAUUGCCGAGGUGGAGGAGGUUGAGGAGGAGGAAAUGGACAUGGAGUGGGAAGCUAUUGUGCACAUCAACCCUAGCAAUUUCCGGACCCUGACAGAUUUGGUAAACAACGAGACAAAGGGCAAAGGGAGAGUGGAGUCUAUGGGAAGCGCCGCCAGCUGA